AUGAUGUACUCCCUGACUGUCUUGAUCGCAGCUUGCACUGCUUUGUCUACUGGUUCACCCACACGACCCAACUCGGCUGGUCUUCAAGCUCGCGAUGACCUUCUUGGACCAGCCACUUGUCCAGGCGGUGACAGCUUUGCCCUCAACGAAGAGGAUGCUGCUGCUGGCGCCGAAGGGUUCAAGUUGUGGGUUGAGCAGGGUGCUGAUGGAAAGAUUGAUCUCUCUGGUAACUUCAAAGGCCAGAUUUCGAAAACUCACAAGGGCGUAACCUUCUUUGCUUGUGAUUACAAGAGUGGAGGAAAGGGCAGCUAUAUCAAUGGCAAUUUGGUCCAGUCGGUCCUUCGAAAGGAUGGCUAUCUCGAUAGCAAGUGCGGCAGUGGCAGAGGUGGUUACGAGAGCAGCAACGAUCUCAGCAUCGGCCGUACCUUUAACGGCGACCACUAUUGUUAA